AACAUGUGACUGUGUGUGACUUUUACAAAUGAUCAAAUUCUAAAACGCUUACACAUCGUGAAGAGAGGAGUCUAUUUUAAUUGAGGAUGGCUUAAGCGUCAUCGACAUCAACCCUCGAGAGACAGCCCUCAGCCCAGACUCGAGACAGUGGAAACAGGACCCAGCACUGAACCUGGCGCCAAGCCACUGAGAGUGACCAGAUGGCGGGUCUGGUGCAUGAAAAUGGCAGGAGAGACAUCAUUAUUCUAGUGCUCCUUUCUUCUCUCAUCGGAGCUGUCAGCAGUGAGAGUACUGGUACAGAAACGUGCGCAACAAAAUAUAGAGAUUGCUUUUGCGAAGACAGCCACUGCUUCUUCCUUGUUGAUAAAAAUAUGACCUUCAGCUCUUCUGAGCAGUAUUGUCGUGGACAAGGCGGACAUUUAGCGACAGUUCGGAGUGCCAACAUGCAGCGGAGACUACAUGGGAUAGCUGGAGAAAGACGUGUUUGGAUUGGUGCAAGGGAACACGUGAUGUCGACAUGGACGUGGUUGGAUGGAUCUUCAUAUAUCCCAAGUGGUUUCAAUCAAUUUGAUACCUCAAACAGCGAGUCCACAGCUGUGAUGCUUUUAAGGAGCAGGGGGCAGUGGACUUGGAAAUCAAGCUCUAAAUUCGGAGAAAAAGGUUUUAUUUGCGAAACAGGUAAACUUGAACUGAACUGUACUCCCAGCAAUGACGAUAACGUCGUGGUAUAUGAAUUGGAUGGUCGUUGUAUUGUAUUCAGUCUAGGCAAGAAGUACUACUCGUGGUAUCAAGCGAGGCAAACAUGUAACAGCUUCAAUGCAGAUCUCAUAAAAAUGGCAACCGAAGAAAUUCAGACAAAACUUUGGUCGGUUUUUGGUGUUUUGGCGCCUGACGAGCGUUGGAUUGGACUGCGGAAUAAUGUAUGGAGAUGGGAGUAA